GGGGCGGCCCAGCCCGGCCGGGAGCGGCGGCCGCGAUGGGAGCCUGGGAGCUGGGCAAGUAGUAGGCGGCGGCAGCCGGAGAGCGAGGAGCCGGAGCCAGCGCCAGCGCCGGGCAUGGAGCCCGUCACCAAGUGGAGCCCCAAGCAAGUGGUGGACUGGACCAAGGGCUUGGAUGAUUGCUUGCAGCAGUAUGUCCAGAAAUUUGAACGGGAGAAGAUAAAUGGUGAACAGCUGUUGCAGAUUUCCCAUCAGGAACUUGAAGAGUUGGGGAUCACACGAAUUGGACACCAGGAACUGGUUCUAGAGGCUGUAGAUCUGCUCUGUGCACUGAAUUAUGGCCUUGAAACAGACAAUAUGAAGAACUUGGUUCUCAAGUUACGAGCUUCUUCCAACAAUCUGCAGAAUUAUAUCAUUAGCCGGAGGAAAAGUUCAAAUUAUGAUGGAAAUACCUCACGCAAACCCCCCAAUGAAUUCCUCACUUCAGUAGUAGAGCUCAUUGGUGCUGCUAAGGCUUUGCUAGCCUGGCUGGACAGGACCCCGUUUACAGGAAUUGCUGAUUUCUCAUCAACAAAGAACAGAAUCAUUCAGCUUUGCUUGGAUCUUACCACCACUGUUCAGAAGGACUGGGUUGUCGCUGAAAUGGAAGAUAAAGUUCUGCAUGUGUCCAAGUCUUUAAAUGGAAUUUGUGAUAAGAUGAUAAGAUCAACUACAGAUCCAUUGAUGAGCCAGUGUGCAUGUUUGGAGGAGGUUCAUUUAACCAACAUUAAACCUGGGGAAGGCCUGGGAAUGUACAUCAAAUCAACUUAUGAUGGAUUGCAUGUCAUUACUGGAACUACAGAACAUUCUCCUGCUGAUCGAUCUCAGAAGAUCCAUGCUGGUGAUGAAGUGAUCCAGGUUAAUCAGCAGACUGUUGUGGGAUGGCAGCUAAAAAACCUUGUGGGAAAGUUGCGGGAGAAUCCUACUGGAGUUAAACUGCUCCUUAAGAAACGUCCCACGGGCUCUUUUAAUUUUACUCCUGCUCCACUGAAGAAUCUACGCUGGAAACCACCACUUGUGCAGACAAGUCCUCCUCUAACUACAACCCAGUCACCAGAAAGCACCAUGGAUACCUCACUGAAGAAAGAGAAGCCAGCCAUUUUGGACCUUUAUAUACCUCCCCCACCAGCUGUUCCAUAUUCUCCUCGGGAAGAGAAGGGGAGUAAUGUUUACAGAGGAAGCAGUAAACCCAGUAAGCUGCUACCUGGUUCCAAGGGUGCAGAAUCUCCCAACUCUUUUCUCGAUCAGGAGAGUCGAAGGCGAAGGUUUACUAUAGCUGAUUCUGAUCAGCUGCCUGGGUACCCCAUGGAAGCAAAUAUACCACAGACAAAGAUGAGGGAAAAAACACCGUCCUAUGGCAAACCUCGCCCUCUAUCAAUGCCUGCUGAUGGGAGCUGGCUUGGAGCUGCAGAACCCUUCUCUAGGUCUCGAGCACCAGGAAGAAAAGGUGAAGACGUCCUCUGCAGGUACUUCAGUAAUGAGAGGAUACCACCCAUCAUUGAAGAAAGUUCUGCAUCCCAGCAUCCAUUUUUGAAGCCUGUGGCUGACAAGCAGUUAAUAAGGGGUGCUGACUACAUCAGAGGCAGCAGGUGCUUUGUGAAUGCAGAUCUUCACAACAGCGCAACCAUUCCUUUUCAGGAGGAAGGAGCUAAAAAAGCUUCUGUUACGUCACCUACAAAAUCUUCCUCCGCAGAGCCCUCGCUACUGGUCAGUUGGAUUACAAGACUUAAAUUGUUGACUCAUUGAUUAUUGUUAAUGGACUACGCUCAUCUGUUACCAAGUGCCUUCACCCCUCAGAGUUCUCUGCUUUUUAGCUCCAGUAUUAUGUAGUGACUGGUGUGAUGCUCUUUUUCUGGAGAGCACUACACGUCUCCUCUUCUCUGUGAUUUUUGGUGGCUCUAACUUACUGGAUCAGAAAGGGUUUGUUCACAUGAAGAGGAAAAAUAAAGAUCUUGUUUCUCUACCUGCCCCAGAAUUGAGGGAAUUUAGUUGUUGGAAAUGUAAGGCUCCAGUGAUUUCAGAGGCCACAUCUGACCUGAAAUCUGUAUGACCUUUGCAGAAGCAACCAUUGCAUUACAAUGAGGUCCAGUAGCACUUCAGUUACUAGAAUGCUCUGAUGCUUUUCAGACUACUGGUGUGCAGAAUAUGUAGGCUGAGCAAAAAUCCUGAGCUGCUCUCCUAACCAGGAAAGCCAAGAGGGGGGAAAAAACUUUUGUACAACCAUGUAGGGCUGUAGCAAGUCUUGCAGCAGCUUUAACCUCGUAAGGAAUAAACAGUAGCUUCUCUACGUGCUCUCUGAAAUCCAGGGAACUGCAUUAGGAAUUUAUUAAAUCUGGUUUAUAAUCCAAUUAUUGAGUUCUCAGUACAGGUAAAUUAGUGCUCUCUAUUGCAGUGGUUCUCAACCUUUUCUGUACCAGGACCUAUUUGUAAACAUCGAUGGCCAGUCCUGACCCAGUGCCCCUCACUCCUGACCUGCUGCCCCUUACCCCCAGGCUGUAGCCCCCAGUGUGUGGGUAAGGAGGUGGGUGUGUGGGGCUCCCAAGAAGCCCCUUGCAGGCUGGAACUCUGCCAGCCUGCAAGGGAAAGGCCACGGUUUCCCAUGUUUUUCUCCUUUUAAAGGAGAAUCCAUUUUUAAAGUUUGUUUAUUCAUUUUUAAAGUUUGUUCGCGAUCCUUUUGUAUACUCUUGCGACCCACAUUUGGGUCAUGACCCAUGGGUUGAGAAACACUGCUCUGUUGCAGCAGUGUUCAUUCAUAAAGACAUGGAUAGCUACCGCAUGACAAGGAGAUGCAUCUGUAGAGAUGGUAAAAAAAAAAAAAAAAAAAUUUCCCCUUAAUUGUUAAGAAUGAUUUGCUGUUAACCAAAGUAUUAUUUUAAAAAUGAGCCCUGUGGGGUUUAUGCAACCUCUACAGUGGUUCGGUUUUUGAACUGAUUAAUAUGUGUUUUUAUAAAAAAAAAAAUGUGCUAUGAUAAAUUACAACUAUAAAGACACCUUCCUGUUUUAUAUGUAGCUCAAUUUUUUCAGCCUCAGAAUUUAAGUAGCAUUGGUAUUGGAAGAGGGAAAAACUUGUAAAAAUAUUAGGAUAUUAAAUGAUCAUUGUUUAAGACUGAAUGUAUAAAAAUUAUUAGUAUGCAAAAGUGUGUUUAAGAUAAUUUAAGUGUUAAAUAUAGCUGUACAUAUUUUUUAAUGAUA